AAAUAACCAGAAGCAAAUCGAACUGUCCACAACCUAAAACUCCUGCACCAUGUUGCAACCGCUCAAACCUGAUUCACACACACACACAUACACGUUUUAAUAAUCACACAUUAGCUUCCUAAUUAACCUUUUCCCAUCCUACCUCAUUCGCUGCGAAAGCGUUACAGCUUAUCACACGUGCUGACCGUUUCCUUUACCGCACGUUAUGGCUAAAGCGGCCCCACCCGUUACCGAGGAGGAUUAUCUCUUGCAUGCUUGUCUAUGUGUGUGUGUGUGUGUGUGUGUGUGUGCGCGUGUUAAUCUUGCUCCUUGCGACGAACCAAAUGUGCACAAAGAGUUGUCCAGCAAAAAUCACCAACCACUUGUUAUGAUGCGACCAGUUUUUUUUGCCGGCCCCACCUGACCGAACAAAGCACAGCGAGGCGAUAAACAGUAAUGUCUUUUUAAUGACUCGCCUUCGUACAGACGGUCGGCGAGUCGAGAGUAGCUUAUCAACGUGUCGCCGGCGAUGCUUCACUGAAGGUGAAAAUCCACUGCGUGUCGGUGUGUUGUGCAGGUUUCCGAGCGAGGUGUUGAAGGCGAAUUUUUCCCAAAGAAUCUAAAGCGAAUCGUUCGUUGUUUUACUUUUCUUAGCUGUAGUUUUGUUCUGCGACCUUUCAUUGAACACAGCUCCCAGCGGCCCAGUUUUUCUACUGCGCAAUGGUGAACGGUAAUCGUGUGAGUCUUUUGACAGCCCUCGCCAGCCUUUGUACUGUCUCGCUGGCGCGGGCGGAAGAAUUCGACUGCGGGGUGCGUGGCCAGUCGAACGGUUGGCCCUUCCACGUGGGGCUGUAUCGGGCCGAUCGGAACGAUAGCCAUUACUUUUGCGGUGCAACCAUCGUGUCCAGCUGGCAUGUGAUCGGUUCGGCACACUGCGUACAGCCGUACCCGGUCGAGUCGCUGUCCGUGCGCUACGGUGUGAGUGAUUUGACGCAGCUCGAGCCACCGAACCGGUGCCGGGUGGAGAAGCUUAUUGUGCAUCCCGAGUAUCAGGCGCCGGACUUUGCGAACGAUAUUGCGCUGGUGCAGCUGCUGGAUGAGAUUCCGCUUGGUCCACUGGCCCGACCGAUCUGUCUGUGGCCGGAGCCGGCCACGAACCUCGGACGAGAGCAGGAGGUGGAAGAAGAUCUGGCCGGUGUGCGGGGAGUGAGUGUGGGCUGGGGCAUUGGGCUGCACAAUGUCUACACGGCAGUGCUGCAAAGUGCGGUCACUACCGUGCAGCGACAGGGCCGCUGUAUGGAAGCGUUUGCCGGCAAGCUGUUCGAGCGCAAUGAGUUCUUCUGUGCGAUAACGCCCGUGUGCAGCGGAAGCGGUGGCAGUGGGUUCUACGUCGAGCAGAAGGAUCGUUACUAUCUGCGUGGGAUGACAACGUUCGGCAUUGCGCCGAAGGGUUUCUAUCAGUGCGGAGUCAACACGCUGACGGGAUUGCUCAACGUGGCCCGGUACAGCGGAUGGAUCCAGCAACAGCUGCAGCUGUUUGAGGAGCCGACAACGAACUCAACUGGCGGCAUAGCACCCAUUCCAGAUGCGUCGGAUAAUCGGAAUCAACAACCUACGAAACCCGUCAUAUAAUCCGAACAUGGGUGUGGGUUUUAAUGUAGCGUUAUUAAUGAAAAUAAACAUCGAAAAACUA